AUGAGUGAGCGAGAGCUGCUUAUCAGUUUCUUUCUGCUCAGCUGUUUCAUGGGUGGCACCAUCUAUAGCCAUGCAACCUGCCGUAGGGCUGCAUCACAUGAGUGGCACAACCUGCCAGAAAACAUCAGCGUGAGGUGGACCCCCACUGAGGAGACCUGCAGCAACUUCACUCAGUGCUGGAAGAUGGACAGAUUCUGGUGGACAACCGGGUCAUACCGCUUCCCUCAGCUGUGCCCACUGGAGCUUCAACUUGGAGAUGUAAUGUCCGUGUCUCUCGACGGAGCGCUAGAGCGACUCGGUGUCUAUCUGAUCAAUGCAUCCAAAGAGGAGUUUGACAACUGCUCGGUUUUAGAGCCACGAAAGGAUCAGGUGGUGUUUGCCAGCGAUAUGAAUGGUACUCGGAAGGUAGAUCCAAAAUGGCUGACGUCCGGGAUGAAUUAUUUCACAGUUGUACGCAGAGGCAGCAGUCAUCUGUGCAGACUCGGCCUGCGUGUCGCCGUUCUUGUCAAACCUCAAUGUUGCAGAAGCUCACCUCUCCUCCGCCUGUGUUCUGGAAACGGUAAAUGCAGAGCUACGUUCAGUGAUGAUACAUACAGCUGUCAGUGCCGGGAGCGUUACUCAGGACGCUAUUGUGAAAAUUUUAAUGGAUGCCACAAAGAGCCGUGCUUAAAUGGAGGCACCUGUUUGAGCAGACGAACGGCCUACACGAAUAUCCCUCCUUAUGAAUGUCUUUGUCCUGCCCAAUUCACAGGUGAGGAGUUUUAGGUGUUUUGCUCUGAAAUCAUUGGACAUCAGAACUGCAGCAAAAGAUGCAAGAAAGGAACUUGUCAACAAAUAUCAUCAACUUCCUACAAAUGCGAGUGCAUGUUUGGAGGUAACACAGGUGCUUACUGUGAGCAAAAGAGGCUUCUCUGCGAUUCGAACCCGUGCAGGAACGAUGGUCGCUGUGAGGAGACUGUUAAUGGAUAUGUUUGCAGAUGCCCCGGGGGCUUCACAGGCUUCAACUGUGAGACCACCACUGAUGUUGACAGCUACUGCAAGUCUAACGGGUGUCAAUUGGAUGAAGUCUGUGCUGUGGACAAACCUAAUUCAUCAUGCAUUUGUGUGGGCCUGGAGUGCAGCGAGCAGCCGGAAGUGUGUGGCACGCUGCCCUGUUUCAAUGGUGGCACCUGUGUGGCACAGAACGGCCAGUUUCACUGCAGAUGCCGACGAGGCUUUUCCGGAAAGAACUGUGAGGAGAUAAUUGACUUCUGCAAGGAGCUCAGUAUUAGCUGUCUAAAUGAGGGAUUGUGCCUUAACUUAGUCGGAGGAUAUCAUUGUCUCUGUGCACCAGGAUGGACGGGGGAGUUCUGUCAGUACUUGGAUAACGCGUGCUUAACCUAUCCAAACAGAUGCUUGAACGGAGCUACAUGCAUCAGUAUGAGUCAGCCGAGUUUGCCCCCGCACUAUACGUGCACCUGUCUCCCUGGAUACACAGGUCGCCACUGCGAGGAUGAAAUAAAUGAGUGUGACUUCAACCCAUGUCAGCACCGGGGAACGUGCACGGACUUGGUCGGUUACUACAAAUGUUCAUGUCCUUCAGGAUUCACAGGUGUUGACUGUGAGAUUGACAUUGACGCCUGCUCUCUUCCCAACAUCACCUGCCCUCUCGGGACAGUCUGUGUGGAUUUACCCGGUGACCUGCUCCAUACGUGUCACGCUCCAUGCCCUCCAUACCUACAGCCAUGUGCCAAUGGAGGACGUUGUGUUCUUAACAACAUCAGCAGUUACAGUUGUGUUUGUACACCUGGAUGGACCGGGCCGACCUGCUUGGUCAAUAUAAAUGAGUGCACCCGGCACAGGUGUCAGAACGGUGCCACCUGCGUGGAUGAGGUCGGUGGGUACAGAUGCCUUUGUGGUUACGGAUAUGCUGGAGUCCACUGCGAACUCGACAUUGACUUCUGCAUCGGACAUCAAUGUUCAGAACACGGCGUCUGUUUGGGUCGACGGCACAACUGCACCUGUCAAUGCAUGCUGGGAUACGAGGGAACGUUCUGCGAGCUUGAGACAGAUGAAUGCAAAAGUUUUCCUUGUGCCAGUGGUGCCACUUGCAUUGACUUGGUGGCAGGAUACCAAUGCCUUUGUAUGCCGGGAUUUAUGGGCAGAAGAUGCUCAGAGAAUAUAAACGAGUGUUGGUCUCAACCCUGCCGUAAUGGGGGCACCUGCAUUGAUCUGGUCAAUGACAACAUUUGUAUCUGUCCAAUCGGGUUCACGGGACACGACUGCUCAAUGCCAGCUGAGGGCUGCACCUCCAACACGUGUGACGCUAAGGGCACAUCUAUGUGUGAAGAACAGGACGGCAGUUUUAAGUGCACGUGUCACCACGGCUAUACAGGACGUUUGUGCGAAGCGUCCAUCAGCCGAUGCGUAGACGGACUGUGCCAUCACGGAUCAAAGUGCGUGGAUGUUCCUCAGGGGUUUCUUUGUGAAUGUUUGCCCGGGUUAAGAGGACGCUUCUGUGAAGAAAAUAUUGACGAGUGUUUGGAUAAGCCCUGUGGUUUGCUCAGUAUCUGCAAAGAUGGUAUCGACGGCUAUGACUGUUUCUGUGCACCUGGGUUUGUCGGUAAUAACUGUGAGAUUGAAGUAAAUGAGUGUCUAAGUCAACCCUGUCAGAACGGCGCUUUCUGCUUUGAUGAGUUGAACACCUUCAGAUGUGUCUGCCCUGCCGGAUCCACAGGCAAUUUAUGUGAAAUCAACAUAGAUGAAUGCCAGUCCUUACCCUGCAGGAACGACGGCACAUGUUUGGACAUCUCAAAUGGAUUUAAAUGCAUCUGCCCUAUAGGUUUCACUGGUCCUGAAUGUUCACUGGAUGUCGAUGAGUGCGUCUCAUAUCCCUGUAAGAAUGGAGGCACCUGCAUUGACCGGCCGGGUAAUUACUACUGCCGAUGUGCGGCUCCAUUUAAAGGGAUUAACUGUGAGUUUCUGCCCUGUGAGGCCGGUAAUCCGUGUGAUAAUGGGGCCGAGUGUGUGGAGGAGGCCGAUCCUCUGCUCUUCCCUCUGGGCUUCAGGUGUCGAUGUCCACGGGGUUUCACCGGGACCCGCUGUGAGAUCAACAUAGACGAGUGCAGCUCCGACCCCUGUCUGCAUGGCUUCUGUCACGACAUUGUGGAUGGUUUUUAUUGCUUGUGUAAUCCUGGUUACGCUGGAUUGAGAUGUGAGCAGGACAUCAACGACUGCACCAACAACAUGUGUGAAAACAACUCAACUUGCCUGGAUCUCCAUCUGAGUUACAGCUGUCUCUGUCUGCCAGGCUGGGAGGGGGAGUUCUGUCAACGGGAGAGCGACGAGUGUUCAUCAAAACCCUGCAAAAACAACGGCACCUGUACGGACCUCCUCAACGAUUACAGGUGCAGAUGCCCGCGUGGCUGGUCAGGCGUGGACUGUGGUGAGGAUAUAAAGGAGUGUGCAUCCUCUCCCUGCCUCAACGGGGCACAUUGUCUGGAGUCUGACAUCCCAGGGGAGUUCUCCUGCACCUGCCCUCCUUUCUUUAUCGGCUCCCUCUGCGAACAUCGCUAUGACCCCUGCGACCCGCACCGUAACCCCUGCCAGCACGACUCGGCCUGCCGCGGGCGCUCAGACGGAACCGUUCUCUGUGUUUGUCCAACCGGCUUCGAGGGAACUCGCUGUGAAAUUGAUAGUGAUGACUGCGUGUCCAGACCUUGUCAGAACCAAGGCCAUUGUGUGGAUGGGGUCAACAGUUACAGCUGUUUCUGCAAGCCGGGUUUUUCAGGCCGACACUGUGAGCAAGACAUCGAUGAGUGCACUUCCGACCCCUGCCAGAACAAAGGCGCCUGCCAAGACCUUGAGAACGGUUUCAGAUGUCUCUGUGUCCCGGGAUACUUCGGACCAUUUUGCAACCUGGAUGUGAACGAGUGUGAAUCUUCCCCUUGCCUCCACGACGGCGUGUGCAUCAACAAGCCCGGGGGCUUCAUAUGUGUCUGCCCUGACGGCUUUUCAGGUACAUGGUGUGAAGUGAACAUCGACGAGUGCAAAUCUAAUCCCUGCGGAUUCAACGGGAGAUGCAUUGACGGUCGUAACGGUUACCGGUGUGUGUGCUCCAGAGGCUUCAUGGGCCAUCACUGUGAGAGAAAUAUUGAUGAGUGCUCAUCCGGUCCUUGUGUUCAUGGGAGUUGUGUGGAUGAAGCUGACGGGUACAGCUGUCUGUGUGAGGUCGGAUGGUCCGGAGACAGAUGUCAGAUCAACAUUAAUGAGUGUGAGACUCAUCCGUGUCUUAAUGGAGGCUCUUGUGUGGACCUUCUGGACAAAUAUGCCUGCAUCUGCCCAGAUGGUUUUACUGGGAGGAUCUGCGACAUUGACCAGAAUGUGUGUCUGCAGCAGGCCUUCUGUAUUAAUGGAGGCACAUGUAUGGAUGGACCAGGAGCCAACUUCACUUGCAGCUGCCUGCCAGGUUUUGUGGGAGAUUUCUGUGAAGUUGAGAUUAAUGAGUGCUGCUCUGAGCCGUGCUUUCAUGGAGCCAUAUGCCAAGACCUCAUCGAUGGCUACCAAUGUCACUGUCAACCAGGUUGGACAGGCUUUCACUGUGAAGAUGACAUUAAUGAGUGCUUACUGCAACCAUGCAACCAGGGAAUGUGCAUGCAGAAUGAGCCUGGCCACGGUUACACCUGCUUCUGUCGGCCUGGAUUUGUGGGGAAGAACUGUGAAUAUAAUUACAAUGACUGCUUAAUCCAGUCCUGCCCUGAUGCGUUUUCCUGUGUGGACGGCAUCAACAAUGUGACUUGUGUGCCUGUGGAUACUGACACGCCCCCUGCCCCUCCCACCUCUGUUGUGCCGUGGAGACCCUCAGAAUUACAGCCCACUUUAGCUCCUGUGGAGAACUUGCAAAGCAUUGAGCGGCCAAGAGAUAUUAUCUUUGGGCGAUAUUUCGGGAAUUCCUUUCUGGAGUUUGAGGGCAUUGAACUUGGUGCCGUGUUUAGUUUCACAGUAAGAUUUCAGACUGAAGCUCGAGAUGGAGCGCUGCUUUAUUUGGAUCAGGGCACCGAUCCCAGAGGUGACUUUUUCAUCAAACUCUACAUUUCCCUUGGAACGCUGCAGUAUGAUUUUUCCUGUAACCGAAGGGAGAAAGUUGAAAGAAUCAAUACAACACAGCAGGUUGCUGAUGGAAAUGAAUAUGUGGCAUUUUUCAGACAACAUCUUGCUCCAUGUGAGGCUGAAGUUACUUUGAUUGGAUUUGGGACCGUAAGACGUAACCAGAACAAUUACACAUCACCUUUGGUUUUACCAUUGAGGACCAACAAUAUCUUCAUCGGAGGUCUUCCUCUGCGUUAUUCACCUUAUAAGGAAGCCGAGCCUUUUCACAACUACACCGGCUGCAUUGAAAUAAUGGAAAUUAAUAAGCUCGGAGGAUUCGGUGCAGCCCGUGCCGUUGCUGGGAACAAUGUUGACAACUGCGGUCUUUAUUUCCUCACACGUUAUAGAUGGCAUCAUGGCUUACCAGCAAACCCAACAGAUUAUCCCCAUCUGCUCAGCACGAAUGAAAACACAUCUGGUAGACGGAUCAGACUUCCCUCAUCCACCCAGCCUUCGCCCGUUUGCCAGCAGGUGCCAUGUCUCAACGGCGGAUCAUGCUGGCCGGUUUCCCUGCCCAGCGGGGCUUCAUCUUUCUACUGCGAUUGCCCUCUUCACUUCACAGGUCGUCUGUGUGAGAAAGAUACGUCAGUGUUUUUUCCUCAGUUUGAUGGAAGCUCUUUCUUAGAGUUAUCAUCUCUAUGGUCCCUGUCUCAGUCAGACCUUCAAUCCUCUGAGGAGAGCACGACUGUGUAUUUGACAAUGAAGAGCAAGACACCUCAUGGAACAAUUCUCUACUCUCGAGAGCAGAAUUUUGGAGAUCAUUUCCUCCAUGUGUUCCUGCAGAAUGGACGACCCGUGGCCAGAUUGGGCUGUGGUGGUACUCAUGUUUUGAGUUCAAUCGCUCAUCAGAGUAUAAGGAACGACAGCUUGAUGCCGAUUACAGUGAGAUAUGCAUUGCCAUCCAUUGACAAUGGACGACUCUGUAGGAUUGAAAUCGCGGUUGCUAAUGCAAGUGCUAAUGGUCAGCAGAAAUACAUGAAUGAGUCUGAAUCAGAGGUGAAAUUUGGCCCUACAUUCCUGGGUGGGGUCCCAUCUUUCUCAGAUCUCCACCGUAGCAGUGUGAAUGUCUCUGGCUUCAUUGGUUGCAUCCGUGAACUACAGAUUGGCUCCAGAGAGCUGUAUAUCGUGGGUGAAGCCAUCAGAGGCCAAAAUAUUCAAAACUGUGACUCAUCAGUCUGUCAACACCAGCCCUGCCGCAAUGGAGGAACCUGUGUCAGCGACACCGAGAACUGGUUCUGCGUCUGUCCAUCUCUGUAUUCCGGCAAGCUGUGCCAAUUCACCGCCUGCGAGCGUAACCCCUGCGCACGUGGCGCCACCUGCGUACCCCAAACUCGGCUGGAGGCGGCGUGCCUGUGCCCUUACGGGAGGCAGGGUCUCCUCUGCGAUGAGGCUGUUAACAUCACUCGGCCCAGGUUUAGUGGACUCGAUGAUUUCGGAUACUCAUCCUAUGUGGCUUAUCCUCCUAUUCCCAAUAUGAGCCAUUUUUAUGAAUACCAGCUAAAGCUCACCUUUGCCAACAAUGCCUCCGCUUUGAGAAACAACCUCAUUCUGUUUGCCGGACAAAAAGGACAGGGCAUAAGUGGAGAUGACUUCUUGGCAUUGGGUGUGAGGAAUGGCAGGAUUGUUCACAAGUAUAACCUGGGAUCAGGUGUGGCUUCCAUUAUCAGUGAACGCCUGAAUCCGAGGAGAAGCAUUCACACCGUGCACUUUGGAAGAGAUCUCAAAAAUGGAUGGCUGAAGGUUAAUGAGCAGAAGAAGAUGACAGGUGCAUCACCUGGACCACUAACCGGUCUAAACACCUUCAGUCAGCUCUAUGUAGGUGGAUAUAAAGAGUACACACCUCAACUGUUGCCCGCAGGCACUCGAUUUCUGAAGAGCUUUCAAGGCUGCAUUUUUGAUUUGCUGUUUCGGACAAGACGAGAUGGGAAGUUUCAUUCCCCGGGUGGGCAAGAGGGCAGGCCGGUAUCAGGCCGUAAUGUUGGUCAGUGUGGCGUCAGUCCGUGCAGUCUGAUAUCGUGUCAGAACAGAGGAACGUGUGUGGACUCUGGAUCUUCUGUGCACUGUCAGUGUGUGUUUGGAUGGAAAGGUGCUCUGUGCUCGGAGAAAGUAUCGUUCUGUGAUGCUGAACACAUCCCACCCCCCUCCUGCGCUCGCGGCUCCAUCUGCAUCCCACUUCCUGACGGGUACACCUGCCGGUGUCCUUUAGGCACUGCCGGACGCUUCUGCCAGCAAGCUGUAUCUAUUAGCGAUCCUUUCUUCAGUGGGAACGAGUCAUCCUGGAUGUCAUUUCCAAUGGUCAACAUAAGGCACAAAACUCAUCUCCAACUGCAAUUUCAAACACUUUCACCAGAGGGCAUCUUGUUUUAUACAGCACGACAUCUGAGCAGCCGAUCUGGGGAUUUCCUAAGUUUGUCCCUAUCAGCUGGAUUCGUGCAACUCCGCUAUAACCUAGGAAGCCAAACUAUUGUUUUACAGUCUGAAAAUUCUGUCGACGUGACUGGCGUGAGGUGGCACACAUUAAAGGCCGGCAGAAAAGACAACCACGGCUUUCUCAUUCUUGACAACCAGACAGUAAUGAUGAACUCUUCAGACAGCACAAACACUCUGGAUGUUGCCACAGAUAUAUUUAUUGGAGGUGUGUCUUCUUUAAAUGCGGUGUCCCUGAAUGCAAUAGAGAAGGAACCUGUGGGGUUUACGGGCUGCAUUAGAGAGGUCAUAGUCAACGGCCAUGACCUUGACCUUACAGAGACGGGUGCACUUGAUGGAGCUAACGUGGGCGACUGGGACAGAACAGCAUGCGGGUAUAAAGUGUGUUUAAACGGUGGCUUCUGUCGCCCGGUGGGUCUUGAGUCAUUUGUGUGUAUUUGCCCCCUGGCAUGGACCGGUCCCAGGUGCCAACACUCCAUUUACUGCGUCAACAACUCAUGCCAACACAGUUCUCUUUGCGUUCAUAACAUAACUUCGGCUUCAUAUUCCUGCAUGUGUUUAUUAGGAUGGACUGGAGUGUAUUGUGACCAGGAAGUAUGGUUAAAAGUUAUCAAAUUUGUAGGAAAUUCGUAUUUAAAACACAAGGAUCCAAAGUACAACACAAGAAAACUGACGCACAACGAGGUGUCGUUGAAUUUCUCGGCAUCAUCUGGGGAUGGAUUGAUUCUGUGGAUGGGUAAAGCAGAAAGUGAAGAUGAUGAUCAUCUAGCUGUUGGUCUCCAGGACGGCUAUCUCAAGGUUUCGGUCAAUCUCGGCCAGAGGAUCGGUGUUCCUCUCGUCUAUCGUGACGUCACGUUCUGCUGUAACCGGUGGAUUUAUCUCUCCGUUACUCUCAACCGAACAGUCGUCCAGGUUUAUGUUAAUGAGGAGAGAGUCAUUUUUGAAGACGUGGAUCCCUUUGAACAGUGGGUAGCAUUAAAUUACGGAGGUGUGGUUUAUUUUGGAGGAUUUGAAUUGAAUAGAGAUGUGUCAACGGUUACAUCUGGUCUCUUUAAUGAAGGGUUUGUGGGAAGCAUUAAAGAUGUGCUCUUGUAUCAAGACACUAAACAUCAGACGGUUCUACACAGCAGUGAAGCUCUGAAUGUCUAUCAAGGAGAAGAGUAGGAAAAUAAAUGGGCAUGUGUUAAUUUCUUUCUUUGUACCUCAACUAUAAAGACUUUUAUGCUUUAAAGGUGACAGAGAAUGAAAAAAAAAACAUUUUUACUUGUCUUAAUUGAAUAACGGUAGUCUACCCGCAUUCAACAACAUACGAAAAGUGCAAGAACAUUCUGAACAUCUCCGUUUCAUAGAAAUUCCCCCUUUAAAAAUGUCCGCCAGAAGAUGGCCCAAUCUGAAGUUUACAUUCUAUUAAGUGGCAGCCAAUCAGGGUCAAGUGCUUGCAUUUCAUAAUAAGGGUUGCCAGUUAAGCCCGAAGGGACGCCAAAUAGGUGUUUAAAUCCCCCCACUCUAAUUAUGAGAGAGGUUUUUAGGAAGCUUUUAAGGCAAUACAGACCCAACCCAAAACAUUUUGUCUACAUGUCACAUCACAAAACAAGGAAAAAUACCCCGUUCGAUCAUUCUAUGUCACCUUUGACACUUUAGAUUUCCUUUCUACUAAAAACUAUUAUUAAACACAUUAAAUAUUUUCAUUAUUUCACAUGUAAUACUCAUUUUAAGCUGUAGAGGCCGCCAUUAUGUUUCAUGCAUAGCAUGUUCUGGUUUUCACAAAAUAUUACUACAGUUUACUGUCAUCAAUACUACUCUAUCUACGGUAUCUACUCUAGUUUUUCAUGCGAACAUGUUUUACUCACCAUCUUCUCACAGAUGGUCUUUAUUUUGAUGUCUAUGUACUGUAAUCUGUAUUGUUCAUCACUCUCAGGUUCAUAUUGAAAGUACUGAACAGAUGAUGUUGAUAUUCUUGUAGUUUUUAAAGGAGUAUUUCACCCUUAGAAACAUUAAUCUUUAUUGAAAGUGUGUCGUAUUUGUAGUCGAAAUGUAACAUACAUUUAGAAUUUGGUGCCUAUUUGACGGAGAAAAGGUGUGUUUGUAGUCUCACCCCCUCAACAAAGAUAUUGGACUUCCUUCUUUCAAUGAUGCAAAAUGAUGAUUUUUACAUCAUUGAAAGAAGGAAGUGCAACACUGAAAUCUGUAUUUCUCCUGUCUCAGCGGCAACUGAGGAAAUGAUGCAUGACCAUUCAAAAACAUGACUACAAAGAUUAAUGCAAAUGGGUGAAGUGUCCCUUUAACGGCAUGCAGAUGUCAAGACCACAUAGCAACACCUACGGUCUGUGUUUCAAAUCAUUUUCUGCUGAUUGAAGACUUGUUUACAUUUUAAGUGUUAAAAGAAUGAGUUUUUAGCUUUUUUUAAAUUUACAUUCAUAUAGUCAAUCUCUGUGUUAAUGUUACACCAUAAAUGUGUUUAUAGUUGAUGGGUAAUCUUUAAGGUAUUAUGUUGACUUCUUUCACAGAAUGAAAUAUUGAUAAGCAUUUUUGUACAUUUUUAAGACAAACAGGCAAAAAAUGAGAAAGGUAUAAAGCUAAUUGGACUACAGAAAACAUCCAUCUCAAAAACUACAGCAGUUAUAAUGACACAUUAAGAUGAUAAACGCGUGGAGGUUGACCCUUCACAUAACUCCACCUCAUCCAGCAUUUUCAUAAUCAUCUAAAAACUGCAUAAAUAUUCUAUGGUUUGCAUCAAUUGUUUCCUGUUUUUAUUUUUUAAGGCUUUUGGUGGAAACGUGUAUCAUUGUCAAUGUUGCAGAUAUGUCAAAACAGCUCCAUUUCAUCACAAUGUUUACAAACUCACUUCUGCAAAUGUUUUAUGUACAAAAGGUUUGCGUAUGAUAACACGCUGCGGUGUAUUUACUGAUCUUCACUUUGCAUUCUUUUAAGAAAUG